AUGAAGCCAUCGCGGUCGGUGUCGAGCUCGCGCAUCAUGCGGGCCACGUCCUCCGGCGAGGCCGUCCCGAGAGAGCCAAGAGCGUCCUCCAGCUCCUUGGACGAGAUCUUCCCGUCCCCGUUCGCGUCGAACCUCUUGAAGAUCCUCUCCAUCUCCACCAUCUCCUCUGCGCUACCCCCCAUCUCUCUCUAA